CCUUCCCAUCCUCCAUGUCGUUGUUCGCCUCGCUGCUGGCCAGCACGGGCCCAUUUCAAUUCGCAACACGUCCCAAAGCUUUGGUCGAGAUCAUCACAAAUCGGCCCGGACUCGCUAGACCUGCAACUCGGCGCCCCGAUCUAGGUAUAGCUGACGAUGCAGCUAGUACCUGUCCUACUUGGCGCAACGACGCUCUGCACUAGCAUUGCUGCGGCCCCACGAUCAUACCUGGGCCUUUCACAGCGUCAACUCGAUGCCAGAGAGACAUUUCCGAACGAUGCAAUUCGCCAGAAUAAUGCGAAAAUCGUCCACUCGAGCUAUACGGAGCUCAGACCAGCGAUAAUCAAAAGAGGCUCGCCGGAGCAGCAUCUUUUCGUCGAUAUUCCAGAGUAUCUGCAAGAGCACGUCAUGGAGCACAUGCUGCCUCAGGCCCGCCAUUCCCCACGCAAUGCUUCCUCCUCUCCCGGCUCAGGCAAGUUACAUCCACAAUCUGGCGAUGGAGACCUUCAUCACGCAUCCGCCUCGCCACGCUUCUCUCCAGGCUCUUCGACUUCUCCCCACUCGACGUUCGAGACGAAGCACACUCCGCUCCAUACGCCGGCUGUCUCGCCGACAAGCUCUUCAGAUUCCGGUCCUCUGCUCAUCGACAAUCAUUCCUACGCACAUCAAGCGCUUUGGGAAGAUGUGACUUUUCCACAAGCCAGAAACUCUGGCCUCGCACACGGAAAGCCGAACCCCUGGCCUGACGCCCCCUCAACUAGAAGCAGCAGCGCUAAUACAGCCACCUCUGCCCCUUCACACUCCAGCAUGCGGAGUGCGGUGCUUGGUCAUGGUCACGCGUCGGACGGCGAUGAGGUGACGCGCCUACUAGAUGACCAUUCGCAUGCCCAGGCCCCUUACGCGCAUGAUUUUGCGAGCAUACACUCACCCAAAUCACCAAACUCAAAUCAUUCAUCCGGAGACGCGGUGCACAACACAAAACCAAGCGAGGAGAAACAUUCAUCUGGCGCACAUCAGUCGAAUGGCAAAAGCUUUGUCGAGGCACAGCAUGGAGGGGCCGUGCAUGACCCAAGUCCUCAGCCAGAUCGAUACCAGACGCAGCACACAUCGCCUCCUCAAGAGAUGUCCUCUUACUCUGCAAGCCCGGCGAUUGCAGAAGACCCACCCAGAGCAGAGCACAAACAUGCUGCAGCAUCCACACGCGAUAAUCAGAUCGAGGUGCCAAAUCAGAAUGGCACAAAGACCGUGAAGGUCCAAGCUGGUUCGCCCAUCCGCUCCGUCCCUUUGAGACUCAAAGGUAGGAACGCAUUCGUCAGGACAUCGCAGCCGCGUGACUUUCAAAGUAAGCAGCCAUCGGCUCCGUAUGACCACAAGGCACCGUAUCACCUCGAAGCAAAGCUGCCACCGCCUUAUCGUGAUACGUCCACUUACGUAUCAGCUUCUGUAUCAUCUGGGCAAAAGGCACACAAGGUGCCGGAUGAGCCAGUUCGAAUCCUGUGGACGAAUCAGAGAAUGCCCAAGGAUACAUCGCCCUACGUAGCAGCCUUGCAACAUCAUCGGAAGUAUUUCAAACCCAACAUGGCCACAUUUGAUGUCAUUCAAAAAUUCACCCGCACAGAUUCGGAGCCGACGCUGCAUGCUGUAGGAUUAGCGUAUGAAAAGAACAACAAGCCCAUUCACGGCGGAGGCGUGACUUCCAUAGGGCACCAUUAUGACGAGACUCGCGUGUACAUGGCACCGCAGACCAAGUUACACUUGCCACGUGGAGGCGAGCUUCACUGGGAAGAUCCCGAUCCAUCGGCGCUUGUACGCCCAUCUGUCGCAGACUCCGAGCGCACAAAGAAGAAAAGCCGGGGACAAAGCUCGACAAUGGGUGCGGACUCAGAGCAAGGUCCAAGUAAGAAGCAUGCCUCUGGCGCCGACAAUGACCGGCUACAUCGAAGGGGUGCCCUUCUGUCCAGGCGCGACACACCGACUGCUGAACGGAAACUGAUAAGAAGGGCGGACGAACAUUCUUCUGAUUCGACGAAAAGCGAUCCAGCCAUUGAUGAGGCAAAGAAAUGGAAGUUCAAGCCACGCAAGUAUUUCAAGCCACAAACGAAAGAUGAAGCUGCCGACAAAACGACCAAGCCGCUCGCAAAUUACAUGAUACAUGCUAAAGAUGCUGAUACCAGUAGAACGGAGUCUGACGGGUCGCAGGAGCAAGAUCCAAGCACGACUAAGAGGACCAAGCAAAUGUCUGCUGUGUUGGCUUCCUCGGAAACAGGUUCAGCCCCCUCAAAAGCCGGGGCAAGUCGUCGAUUACCCCGAAAGCCAAAGGAUUUCUACAGGAAGUAUCCAGAAUAUGCCAUGAAUAGAGGCAUUCGAGGGUGGACCGUCGAGAAACCUAGUCCGGUGCCGCCCAGAGAUCACCUCCAGCCCGCUUCCAAAUUGCGGACGCCUACUGAGCCAGAGGAUAGACCCUCUGUGUCUGUAAGCUGGCAUGGUCACAAGGGGCGACCGAGUGGUGAUGUGACUCUUGCUGCGAUGAAAGAAAGCGUGGAGCAUUAUGCUGCGCAUUACCACCCCACUAUGAAACGUUUUACAGUGAAAGGUCAAUUCGGGAGGAGCAACACCGAACCUGCGCUGCACAUCACGGGUACUGCGCGGGACGACCACGGGCGUGCUCUUCCUGGAGGGGGCAUUACUGGGAUUGGAGUGCCUUAUUCGCACCACAAAGUCUACAUGAAGCCAGACAUUUUCCUUCCGAAUCCACGGCCAAUGCUCAAAGGCCAAGUCAUCGCGCCCGAAGAGCCACGCAGCAGAGCCAUGAUCAUGUCUACUCAAGGUAUGCGUGCAGCGACCAAAAAAGCCUGGCAGUACAGUAUAAGACAGCACGCCCAAGAAGAGAAGCCGCAGCAGGCAGAUCUCGGCGCGCCCAAGGAAAAAAGAGGCCCGGGCAGCUCUCGAAGGUCGUCCAGGGCACCUGCACAAGCAGCGCCUGCUUCUUCCUCACUCAAUCAAGAUGCUAGGACAGAGCACAAAGCAUCGUCCGCCUCAGAAGAGCAUGCGAUCAAAUCUGCGCCAGUCACACGACCGUCGCCCAUUCAAGUCCCAGACUCGCCAAACCGCACACCUGUCCGAAGCCCCUCCUUGAGCCCAACAUUCGCCACUCUGAGUCCGCUGCGCGAAGGAAGUCUCCGGAGCGGCUCUAAGCGCACCUUUUCCACCUUUGAGCAGAUGCACGAUGACUCGCCAUUGGUGACCGACCAUCGCGCUCUUCAUCACAGCUCUCCGCUCCAUUCCGACUUGACGUCCCUGCACGGCAGCUCACCGGACACGCUGCAUCUGGGACCACUCACACCUCCUCGACUUUCGAGCCCAGACCACACCAACUUCAAAUGGGUGUUUCAUCAUCUAUGAGAUGACGCGCACAGAAACAUCCACUUUCGUGUGCCUUGAAGCUCUCGGAGCAUUCUUUGAACAUUCAAUACAUCAGCACGUCAGCAAAAAUGAUCGAUUCUACUAUGAGCGUCGAAUUAUACACAGAAAUGACAGACUCUUUGUGUGGAGUCUACC